AUGGCCGAGUGGUCUAAGGCGCCAGACUCAAGUUCUGGUCUUCGAGAGAGGGCGUGGGUUCAAAUCCCACUUCUGACAUAUUAUCAUUUUUGGUCUAAUAACUCUUUAUUCGAUUCGGUUCAGAACCGAAUCAAACCGGAAAACUUGUUCCUUAGCCGGGAGGGGUUCAGGCGCGCUUGCUUGCGUGCUGACAUCAACAGUGAUGGUCUUGUGUCAGAGAAGGACGUGACCAGAUUAUUGAAAGUGGCAUGGGUGACGUUGCCACUCGGAAUAGCCGUUACCAUUGCAGCAUGCGUCUUUGUGUUAUGGUGGCAGAGCCUUAGCUACUCCGACACAUAUGCACAGUCUAUCUUGAUUCACGUUUUGUGCUUUCUCAUAGUCAAGCAAACCAACAUGGAGAAAGGUAUAAUCUUUGCAUUUUCACAAGUCGCAUACGGAGGUUCCUUAUUUCUUGGGUACUGGGCUUAUUUUCUCAUGCGUGGCGUUUUCAAAACCUUGAACCUCUUUCCUUUCAGACCUUGGAGCUUCAUGGAUUUCGAUAAGCAGCUCUCAAGCAUGUGUAUGCUGUUUACUUUGCAGUCCUUCCGAAAGCUGAUCCUUCAAGAAGGCGAAAAGUUGGUCCUUGUAUGGUUAGAUACGCCUUAUAACCAGGCUGUUUAUGGGAUAGUCGACAAACUAGGCAAUUUAGUAGUACGCAUGGUGUUUCUCCCUUUUGAAGAAAGUUCAUACACUACAUUUGCCAGGUUCGCAUCAGGUGAUGAUAACCAGCAAAAGAAGAAGAAACUUGGAACUUGUUUGACUGAGGCCUUGAAGCUUGUAAUGCUAAUAGGUCUUAUAUUUAUGGCAUUUGGUCCAAGCUAUUCAUACUCUCUCAUCAGAUUGUUGUAUGGUGAAAAAUGGAGCGAUGGAGAAGCUUCCUUUGCGCUACAGUUUUAUUGUCUCUACAUCAUCGUCCUGGCCAUGAAUGGAACCUCCGAAGCAUUUUUACAUGCAGUUGGAACAGAGGAAAUCACUCCUGUGACAAUCACAAACUCCAUUUCAGGAAACAGAGAUCUGUCAAAAAUACCGGCGUGA